AGUCAACAAGACCCAAUACUCCAAUAGGUCAAUAGCCUACCUAUUUUAUAGGUACGUUUCCAAUUUGAGAUUUCACUAAUCCAACGUGAUAAGACCACAGAACAAUAUACUCUAGCGAGGAUAAGACUCGUAACUCUCAAUCACACAAGCUCAAAUCUACCUCCUAUUGUUACUACAUUCUGAAAUUAGUUACUACGAUUCGAGAUAAUGUCAUCAACACACAUAUUCAAAGUUGAAAUGACAUGCGAAGGAUGUUCAGGUGCAGUUGAAAGAGUUUUAAAUAGGCUCAAAGGACAGGGUGUUGAAAAUGUUGCUAUAAGUUUGCCAGAUCAGAAGGUUACAGUGACAGGAACUUUGAGUGCAGACCAGUUACUAGAAGUAAUUAAAAAAACAGGCAAGAAAACAUUAUAUGAAGGUGUCCAGUAAAA